AGUUGUACAGUAGUUAGUCCGUACUGUGAGCGGUAGUCUCUUAUGAUAGCAGGUUGCGAUUUAUUUCGUUUAUUUUCGCCAAAACUUGUAUCAUGAUAGGUAAUAAUGUGUGAGUUAAUUACAUUUAUUCAGUUACAUUAAUUGGAGUUUAACCUCAGCAGGAAGGCUAGAAGUAUUACAAACUGGAGAUAUCAUACAAAAAUAAACUUCUUUGAAGUGAUGGAAACUUAAAUAUGAUUUAUAUGAAGUUGGAUACAAACUGACUUGGCGUACUGUGUGGAAAUUAUAGUUAUAUAUGUUUAUGAAAACGUAUGUAUUGUCGAUAGAAUUUAGUCUGCUGCAUUUAUUAAGUGAAGUGUAAUAUAGUCCUAUUGAAUUUAUAUUCUAACUGGAUAUUACAUUGAAAUGUCUUGGAUUAAGAAAAAGGUGAAAUACAGUCAACGAGUGUUAUUUUUAACACUACUAGCCUUUUGGAGAGCAGAUUCGAGGGAAGAUUAUUAUCGACAUUAUCCGUCUUCAAUACCCAGUUUCCUGCCUGUACCUACAAAUAUUUCCGCUCAUGAAGGAGAAACUGCACAUCUCAGGUGUCGGAUUCAUAACCUAGGGCCUAAAAUGGUUGUGUGGAGAAAGACAACUGACGAAUUUCCGUUAACUGUAGGGAAGAGAUCAUUCACACCUAACACAAACAUAAAAAUAGAAACAGAGUCCAUUACGGAUGCUGAUGUAGAAGAAGAUAGAUAUGACCUCAUUAUAAAAGAUGUUAGACAAGAUCAGGCAGGGGUAUAUGAGUGUCAAGUUAGUGCAACAGAAAACUACACCCAAAAUAUAACAUUACAUGUAUUAGGUCCAGUGGAAUACAAGCCAGAACUGAACUUGUAUGGCACAGAGUACGUCAGUCUGAUGGAGAACGUGCACUUAAUAUGUAAUGCUACAGGUUCAAAGAAGGCCCCGGACGGCGUUGAUUGGUUCUUCAAUGGUGACCUCAUUAGUGAAAUGAAUCCUCAGUGGUAUGGCCGCUUAAUAGAAAUAAACAAAAAGCCCCUCCCAGGGCGUUCCUUAAUUAGUGAACUUAUAAUUGAAAAAGCAACAAUGACAGAUAGAGGACACUAUGUUUGUCGUCUUACAAAAAAAAUAGCUAAAGGAUUCAAAGUGCAUGUCUUAAAUGAUCGGAAGAAUCACAAAGAGCCAAAACGGGAUAUGAAAUCAGAAAACCAGCAAAUGGCAAACACAUUUCAUUCAACAGGCAGCAGUGGUUCGUCAGUUUGGAACUAUUUACAUGUUUCCUGUAUUACUGCACUGUGCUACUUAAUAACAUUUAUCAUACAACGGUGAAUCAAUGUGAAAACAAUGUUGUAAAAGUCAUAAGAAAAGAGGAUACAAUAUCAAAUACGCAAGCUGAGCGACGACCAUUCACUACAAUAUACACAGGUGAACUACGCACAAUCAGCACAUUAAGGAUUUCAUUUCCAGGAUUAUAUUUCGAUAGUUUAAAUGAACAUUUUAGAGACUGCAUAUUUCAAUGAUUUGCUGUUGCAAUAUGCUCAGUAAGUAGUGUGCAGUAAUUUACAGAUGAGCCUCAGCUAGAAUGUAUGUUUAUUUCAUCGACAGUGCCUAAAUGAAUUUGAAAUGUACACUAAGUAAUGCCAUGUAAAACUGUGGGUACAACCAUAAAAGGUGAAAGAAUAGAAAAGUGGAGGGAGCAGGUUGUUAAUAAAUUUAUAGUAUCCUAAACAAUAAAAUUGGGCUCAGUGAUGAAACUUCUUACAAGUUGAGCUUGAAUUAGAUUUACUGUAGUACCUGUUCGUUAUCUGUUACAAAUUCUAUAUGAAUGUAUGAUUCAAGCGUAAGGGAAGCUUCAUGUCAUGGUAUAAAACAUUACAUAACGUGUUUACCAUACUGGUGCCACGGAACACAAAUCAUUUGAAUCACAACUAAAAUGUGUAUAAAGCCUGUCCUAUCACAUGUGUGUAAAUGAUUAUUAACAAUGAAAUAUUGGACCAAGUGCAUGUAAUUAUGAACAAUCAUUAUGAAGAUGUAUAUUAUCGUUUGUAUUUUAUUUAUUUAGAUCUACUACAUGUACAUCUAUGUUUAUGUUUACUUUGCUUGGUCAGUAUCCGAAUUUACAGUCCAAAGACUAUUGACACAAGGUCCGUGCUGUACAUAAUUUCCUUGCAAAGACAACUAUACCUUUUAAUAAGAAUCUUACAUUCCUGUCUGUGGAAAAACGGGGUUUUCCUUACCCGAGGGACAGUGUGGAAUUUAUCCAGGCUGUCCAGAGGGUUGGGAAAACACCUGUCUUACACAGGCAGACAUGUUAAAUCAGUUUUUUUGUCCAUCACGUUCAGAAUAGAUCGUGGUGACAAGUAGUUUUGGUAUUUCCUGGCAUUAUUUAUUUAGUGUAUGACGUCAUAAUAGUGCCAGUACUAUGUGACGUCACCUAAGUGCGCGCUAUUUUAGACAAUGUUUUUCCCUAGGGAAAGACGUGAAUAUUGAUCCCUGGCACGUGCUCGGACAAAUGCAUACUUUACCCGCAAGGUAGGCAAGAAAUUCUCUCCUUCAUUGAAGUUUCCUAUGUAAAGGUAAUGCUUAGAAUCGUCAGUAAUGCUAAUUCAGA